UCUAUAGAGUGUACGUGUAUUGGUCGUCACUUGAAGAGUAUUAUAAUUUAACGGGCAUAUUAAAGUUUUCUAUUUAUUAAUAUAAAGUUUCGCUCGCUACUAGACAAUUUAUUAUUACGUUAAAACAAUUCAUGAUGAAAAUUCGGUUUAAUCUCGUGAUUUCGGCCAUCAUCGCUAUCGUUUUCGUCGUGUCUUUGGUGAACGCAAAGAAUAUUUUGCAGAAUCCUGUUGCCGAUAAUCAGUCUAAGUCGAAGAAACCUAGUGUGAAACAGUCAUCUGAUAUACAUUUACCUAUAUCCCAUAUUGACGCCGUAGAAAAGUCCAUGACCGAUGACACUACAAAUACCACUUUGGACAUGCCUCCAUCGAACACAACUGCGAAAACCUUUGUCAAGGAAACAGUCAACAACGACACCACCAACUCGACGUCUAUCGAGGAUACAACUAUUUUACAAGCAACGACAAUAACUAGCGUAGAAAUGGUAACCGAAAACCAGACGUCCACAAAUCAGACAACUGAAAGUGGACUUUUGACCACGAGGUAUGUGAUCAAUCCUAGUGUUUUUACUGAAUCCACUAAGUGUCCGAGUGGACAGACUGAAAAUUCAAACGGAGGAUGUUCACCAAUAUUUUAACAAAGUGAAUCUUAUUUCGAAAGAAUCUUUCAAAUGAUCACUACAUGUCAAAAAAUCGAUCUUGAGAUUAGAAUAACAUUUAUCAUUAAUUAAUAAAUUAAAUGUAAUAUAAUAA